CGUCGCCUGAGCAGCCCGGCAAGCGGAGGGCAGGCAGCGGGCGGGGGCUGCCGAGCCCCGCCGCUGGAGCCACGGGACCGCCGCGCUGCGAGCGGCGGCUGCAGCCCGCCGAGGGCUCUCCCUCGCUUUUCGCGAUUCCUUUUUCCUGCCCCCCUUCCUCUUCGUUUUCCUUUUUUCCUUCCCUUUUUUAUUCCCCCCCCCUCCCUUCCCUCCCCACCGCAUUUUUCCGCCCGCCCGGCUCUGCGGCCGUGCUCGCUUCCCGGAGGAAGGCACCGCGCUUGCCCCGGCGCCCGAGGACAGGGGCCCCGCGUCCCGCCGAGCCCCAGGGCCCCUGCGGAUGUGCGAAGCUCUCCUCCGGCCGCCGUCCUCCCGCCGGGCGCAGCACCUCUUUGUCCUCCCGCACCUACAGUUUUUCAAUCCUGAUUCCCCUUAAGCAGACCUGAACUUAAACCACCGGGGUCCGGGAGGGGUUUUGCGGGGGGUGGGCCCAGCGGCGCUGCCAGACCGACCCCUGCCCAUUUCUCCUAAGGAACUCUCAUGGCUUCACGGCUGCAGACAAGUUGCCGUGCAUCUCGGUGGACUAUCGGAGUUUGCAUCCUGGCGGCCGCGCUCCUACCAGGGCUGCAAGCUCAGACUGUCUUAGUCAAUGACACAGUCUCGGGGUUUAUCGGAACAGACGUGGUCCUGCACUGCAGCUUCACCAAUCCGCUCCCCAAUGUGAAGAUCACGCAAGUGACGUGGCAGAAAGCCACCAAUGGCACCAAGCAGAAUGUGGCCAUCUACAACCCUGCCAUGGGGGUCUCCAUCCUCUCGCCCUACAAAGAGCGGGUGACUUUCCGGAAUCCAUCCUUCAAAGAUGGCACCAUUCAGCUCUCCCGGCUAGAGCUGGAGGAUGAGGGAGUUUACAUCUGUGAGUUUGCUACCUUCCCAGCCGGCAACCGGGAAAGUCAGCUCAACCUCACUGUGCUGGCCAAGCCCACAAAUUGGAUGGAGGGCACCAAGCGGCCACUUAUUGCUAAGUCUGGCAGGACAGAAAAGAUCUUGGUAGCUACCUGCACCUCCUCUAAUGGGAAGCCUCCCAGCACUGUCACCUGGGACACCAAGCUCAAAGGGGAAGCGGAGUUCGAGGAGAUCCGGAACAGCAAUGGCACCAUCACCGUGAUCAGCCGGUACCGGCUGGUGCCGAGCCGGGAAGCCCACCGCCAGCAGCUCAUGUGUGUGGUCAAUUACCAGCUGGACCGCUUUACCGACAGCAUGACCCUCAACGUGCAGUAUGAGCCAGAAGUCACUAUCGAGGGGUUUGAUGGCAACUGGUUCCUCAAUCGGAAGGAUGUGAAGCUGAUAUGCAAAUCUGAUGCCAACCCCCCAGCUCACACCUAUGAAUGGAAGCUGCCAAAUGGGACUCUGCCAGGGAGCGUGGAAAUCCAGAACAACACCAUCUACUUUAAAGGGCCCGUCUCCUACAGCGUGGCUGGCACCUAUGUCUGUGAGGCCUCCAACGCCAUCGGUACCCGGUCGGGGUUGGUGGAAGUCAAUGUCACAGAUAAGCCACUACCUCAGGGUGCCCCAGGAGGCAUUAUUGGGAUCGUGGGAGGUGUCAUCGCAGCAGUCCUCAUCAUUGGCGUGGCUGUCACCGUAAUUAUUGUCUACAGGAGGCAACAAAAGGACCGCACUGAAACAGACAACGACCUAAUCGACUUGCCUCCAUCCCACAAACCUGCCCCUCCACCAAAGAGGAAACAGGAGAUGAAAAGCCACCUGACUGCAGAAGACAUCCAGGUUGUUCACUUAGACAACAUGAAACACGAGGAGGAAAUCCAGAAACUCCCUCUGCAGACUCCAUACUACGACAUGGCAGCCACCGAGCCCUCUCCCUACACUGACAAACUGAAUGAGGAUCAAGGUCUUCGUAGACGUAACGAGCGAGAGCGGACAAACUUUGGAAAGUGUCACUCAGAGGUAUCGAAUGCGAGUGAUUACCUGACCCGCUGCUACUCACAUGAAGAUCGAUAUCUGGAGAAGAUCCCUCACGUUUACACCCCUAUGUCAGAUCUUCCACAAGAUCUUUAUCCUCAUCAUCCGGACAUCUCCUUCUGCUGCCCACCUCCUGGCUCCCGGGCUCCUUACAUCUGUCCUAAGGAACAGUAUGUUUAAACCAUCAACACUGCAAAAUGAAGAAGCUGAUGUUUCUCACUUCUCCUGGGCCAGUCGCUCAACAACCAAGGCCUUUUAGAUCCCUCCUUUGCCAUCGCUUGUUUCAUUUAUGGCAUUUGAAAUUGGGGUGCGAUUGUAACUGACAUGGUUAGGUUAAGUAUCUGCCUGGCUUGCUUAUGCUCAAGGGAACACUCUGCCAUCGCCCACAUCACAUUCAGUACUUGCAUCUUCCUUUUCUCACCCUGGCCCUCCUGCAUCAAGCUAGCUCUGUGCGUGCAUGUGUGUGUGUGGGUGACAGCUGCCCUGUGUUGGAUGGGAUGUGCCCAACCUGAUUCAAUGCCCGUAGGUUCCCUUGUGCCAGUCUCUGCACUGUUUGCACCAGAGUAGCUGGGUGUGGAUUCUUCACAGCCCUUGUUUCAGCUUGGGUGAAGUUUUACAGCACAGCCAGUGCUAAAUCUGAGGCUGUAGCAGGGCUUUUCCCCCUCCUUUGCAGAAAUUUUUUCCUCCUUGGCAAUGGGGAUAGGAAAUCCCUGUUGUGAAGAGCUAAACAGCCAAGAUUGCUGAACCAAAUAGUAAGAUGCUUAUAAUGAAAGAUGCUCAAAACCGACCUAAGAAUAGAGACAAGGUCUUGGUUUAGGGGUUUUGUUUCUCUCCCUUUUCCCUCCUGCUCCCACUCCCAAUAUCUUGGAUUGGCUCUUUUAAAUCCAGAUGGCAUGGGGAUAUAUUUUGAAGCCAACACAUUUGGAGAAAGCAUCCUUUAAAUAGCCAUCUUAUAACCCAAAACCCAAAGGGAAAAAAAAUAUAGGAAGGAAAACAUUCUCUCUAAUUUUCCUUUUCAAAGCCUAAUGUGACCCCCCACUAGCAUUUCCCCCUCUCUUCCUUGCAUCUGUUGAUUGGAAUUUCAGAAUGAACUCAGGCAGAAUAUAAAGAAUAAAUCACAAUUUCAGGUAAUCCUCUUGCUCUUAAUGAAGGAUCAAAGCCAAGAGCAGAAUCUGGCCUUUUAACUUUUUUCUAAAGCAUCUUGGUUCUUGGGACUACAAAUCUUUUGAUACUGGAAUGUGUGUGAGUGUAUAAACGCAAACGUGUAUAUUCCUGUGACCACAAAGUGUUUUAAAGAAUGGAACUCAUCUCCACCUCACAUUUGUGUUCACUUGUAUUAGAGUAAAAAUAAAUAUAGAUGCACACUUAAAUGUGUAUAAAAGCAAAGAAGAGGAGAAAAGGGCAUUAACAUCCUGUCUGAGAGCUUGGCUUCAAGGAUAACUUUCAUCUGUUUCACCCAGGUAUGGCAUAGAAGAGAUGACGGCUGGGACAGUUCUGAACAAGGGAUAUGCCUUCUUGGCGAAUGGGCAUUUACUUCCCCUUGUCUCAGGUUGGGUAUUUGGCAGUCUGCAGACAUUGCACACUUAAUAUCACUCUGGAAACCAUGAAGAUGUUUGAGCAAAAUGCAUGUGGGAGGGAGAGCUGGGAACCACACCAUUAUCCUGUUGCCCAUACACCGAUAGAGUGUCAGUGCUACCUGCACAAAUAAGAAGGGAGCUACCAAGAAGAUGAAACCUUCCCCAUAAGAGGAGGUAUCACUACUGCAUUGGAUGCUUCCAGCCCAGCUCCUGCUGUGCCACAUGGACUGAGGCACCAUGUUAUUUUUGUAUCUCUAAAUCUAAACAGCUAUAGUUGUUCUAUGCACUUUCUGUGUUCCCAUCAUCUAAAGCAGCCUCAAGACUCACCCUGCUUGACCCUCUUCCUCCACGGAGAAGCACAUCUGUGUUCACACUACCUCAGGGAUUCCCUGCAGGCUAAUAAAUAGAUCUGUAUAUAAGAGAGAUGUUCAUACUUCAGUUAGGCAAUACAGCACUGCAUGAGGAUGACGCCACGUGCAUGGGUCCCUGCAUGGCAUAGAGCACACCCUCGGGGAACCAACCCUCCCUCUUCCCCUGCUUCCCUGGUGCACGUUGCCACUUUGUGCUUUGUGGAGACAGCAUGGAAGCUGGUCGCAGGGACAAGGUUGUUGUCUCUGAGGUGGGA